AAUGGGUAAUCAAAAAGGUGGUUCGACUUCGAGAGAUCCUAAAGUCGCAGCUCAUCUUGUUUCUCGGCUGUUGGAGCAGAAACCCUAACCCUAAUCUCCCAAUCGUCCGCCAUGUCUCACUUCGGAAGGUCGGGGCCGCCUGACAUUACCGACACCUACUCGCUUCUCGUCCUUAAUAUCACUUUCCGUACAACUGCUGAUGAUCUGUUCCCUUUCUUCGACAAGUAUGGCAAGGUCGUUGAUAUAUUUAUUCCCAGAGAUCGAAGGACUGGUGACUCUCGUGGGUUUGCAUUUGUACGGUACAAAUAUGCUGAUGAGGCUCAGAAGGCAGUAGAAAGGCUGGAUGGAAGAGUUGUUGAUGGCCGUGAGAUAACUGUCCAGUUUGCCAAAUAUGGGCCAAAUGCUGAGAAGAUUCAGAAAGGAAGGAUAAUAGAACCAGCUUCAAGAUCAAGAUACAGUUCAAGGAGCCGCAGUCCUCGUCGAAAGCACCGAGAUGACUCGUACAGGGAAAAGGACUACCGGAAAAGAAGUAGGAGCAGGAGUCUGGACAGAUAUGAACGUGAGAGAUAUCACAGCAGCAAGGACAGAGGCUACCAUAAACGAAGCAGCAGGAGUCGCAGUGUCAGUCCUGAUUAUGCUAGAGGAAGGGGAAGAAGCCGCUAUGAUGAUGAUCGUCGAAGUGCCAGCCGGUCAAUCAGUCGAUCACCGCGCCGGCUUAGCCCCAGUCCUCGCAGGAGUGUUUCCCCACUCAAGGCCUCUCCAAAGGAUGAAAGCCCAGACAGACGCAUCCAAGCUGCCCGUUCUCCAAGUGCAUCACCGCAAGAUCGCCCCGUUGUAUCUCGUAGUCCCUCUCUACGAAAUUCGGAUCCUGAGGAAUGAUCAUGUUGUGUGGAAUGUUUGGGAGAAUGGGUUACUGCUGUUUCUUCCUGGAAGUUCAGAAUUUUGAAUGGUCUUACUUGCUCUGGUCUUAUACUAAGAUCUAGAUUGGUAGGACUUGUGUUCUUGUAGUUUCUGAUUAAAGUAUCCUGCUGGUGCUCAUGUCUAUUUGGCAUGCUUGGAUUUAUUAGGUUUGCAGACUUUUGAUUGUAGACGGAUUCUGUGCUGUUGGUUGUUUUUGGUUAUGUUGUGCUUGUCUGGGAUUUAUUUAUUUUCGAUUGCAUUGCUAUUUACAUGGAUGUGAUGCCUUUUGUGUCAUAUCGCUGAUUAACCCCAAGUCCUAAUUGGGUUUUAUAGCUGUUGGCUGGAAAAGAUUGACGUGCGGCAGAUGGCAAGACGUUGAUUUUGUCACUUUGUUGCUGUUGAUGAUGCUGUAUGUUAAAAUGUGGAUGAUCGUGAUUAUGAUCUGACAACUGAGGCCGAUGGGUAUGGUGUUGCUCUUGUGACUAAUUAUUGCUGACGAUGAACAUAUGUUAACUGUUGGUGGAUGAUCUUAAUUGUCGUACGUGGUAAGAUGAAAGGGAACUCUUUGGCAAUUUUUCCUACAAAAAGUUUCCUUCAAUUGUGUUGCUCUGACCUGAUUUGUGUUAUCAUUUCUCUUUUCUUUUUCCUUUUUUUUGGGGGGGAGGCAUUUGGUGGUUCUUGAAUCAUGGUGUUGCUGUGUUGGCGUAAACGCAAAGUGAAAGCGUUUUAGCGGUAGAUGAUGCUGCAGAUCAAGUGGAGUUGUUAACAGUCACUCUGUUGCUGAUACUGUCUCUGUAUGACACGAGUCCUUGCUCUGUUUUUCGGAUGCUGUAAAACAGCAUGGCGGUAAAAUGUUUUGGCUUCUUAUUUGUUUAGGUCACUCAUUUUGAUGCCCCAUUCCAUAACGGAUCAAGUUUUAUUUAAUGUUGCUGUAGUUGGUAGCGCUGGUUGUAGCUGUGAAGAUGCCUCUUUUUCUUUGUUCCCGUGGUUCGUGAAUAGCAUGUAGCGGGUUGCUGUGCUGCCGCUGCCCCAUGUUGAUAUGCCCAGUUGUCCGUGGUUGUCCUGGUUUUGAUACUGAUUGAUGAUAGUUGCCAUGCUGCUCGGAGAGGCCCUAGCUUUAUUUGCAAGGUGAAGUAUAUUGAAUGUGCUUGGUCGUUGGGUUAUAUUUUUACUGUUUUAUUUAACUGGCCGAAUCUUCCCUUUGGGCGUAGUUUGUCUGAUGGCUUUCUCUUUUUUGCCGCCCAUAAGGCUUGUUUAUUUUCGUAUCUUUCCCUUGAUUCUAUAAAUGACUUGCUGAAUAAUGUUAUUUUGGGUGUUUGUUAUUUGCCAGUGAAGUGUUUUGUUUGAAUAGUAUUUUCGUUGGAGAAUUUGCGCAUGCAACUAGAGGGUUGAAUUGGAUGGAACUGUAAAGCUCCAUUGUUGAUUGUGAAUUGUAUGGAACCAAGGGAGAUUACAGUAUAGGUUUAGGUCGGCUGGUGGUGCGUUCUACUUUCCCGAUAAUAGUUGCUGUAUAUUUGGUAUCUAUAAGCUGGCAGGUGCUAUCAUUGAAUUCCAUUUAUUGUUGGUUAAGCAAUAGAUUGUUGUCGUUUUGUUUUCUUAAAAAAAAAAAAAGAUUGUUGUCGUUUUGUUUUCUUCUGUUGGAUGCAUUGCAAUUUCCGAGCUGCCUUUUCACCUGUAGUGCUAGGAGUCCCUGCAAAUUAGAUGACAAGGAUUUAGAGGUGGGUGAUGUGUUAAUUUUCUGUGCAUCUUCAAUGAAAGGAAUUAAUAUUUGGUGGAAUAGUUAUGUUAAAGAGUAUCAUAUCAGCAACCCCGCUAAAGCCCUCUUUUCCGCAGUCGUCGACCUCAUUGGUGUUGGGAUGUAACUGCUCAAUUAUUAUACAAUAUAAGGCCAUUGACGCCAAGAAGAACAGAAGUUACUGUCAAUUUUUUUAGAGCUGAUUCAAUUAGAGGUGAUAUUACCAUUGUAUGUGUUGCAAAUGAAAUUAUCAACUUUCGAAGAUUGACUAAGAGUUUAUAGAGUGGAGUAUUCCAAGUAAUCCUCUAGAUUUAGGCACAGGAGUUGGUAAUAUCUCUUUUAAUUGUCUAGCAAGUUAGGUGAUGAGGGCAUGGGCAUCAACACCAAGGCAAUCACAAGUCCAACUUUGUGCGAGAAGAACGUGAGAAAGAGGUGCAAGUUCGAGGUCUAGUCACUAGAAGUCAGGUCAAGGCAUUUAAGGGUCCACUUCAAACUUAUUUGGCCUAAAACUUCACAAAUAUGGAGGUCGAGUUGUUUGUGGGAUAACAAGUGAUGACCAUUCAAGUUGGGGAUGUGUUAGGCCAAAUCCACGACCAUGGAGGGGAAAUCCAUGAUUGUGGAAAAUGUUCGGGGCUGGAAGACCAGAACCCCCGGUCUAGAGGAUGAAAUCCACGAUCGUGGAAAUUGAGUGUCAGGGCGAGGAUUUGUAGCUGUUGCUGCGGGUUGUUUUUGUUUCGUUUGCAGAUUAAGUGACUUAUGAUCUAAGACUCGGGCUUUGUUAUUUUUGGCCCAAAAUGUUUGUAGUCUGUAUAAGGGGGUGAACUAAGUCUUUUGGAGGGUAAUCGAUACUUUUAUUCAGAAAUCAAAAUCCUAUAAUUGA